CCCGGCCUGCCUGCUCAGUGCCCCCGCGACCUCCGCCAUGACCGGGCGGCUAGUCGCGCUGCUGGCGCUGCUCGCGACCACGCACGCCUUCAUCGACGACGCGCUCGACGUCAUCAAGCUCGGCAAGGAGAUCGGUGAAGAAGUGCUCAUGUCCUGGGACGUGAUUGGGAAGCCGUUCAACGCGACUGGAGGGGUUGAGCUGCCGUUAGUGCGGCGGAGAGAGAGGCAGGUGCUGGCGCGGCUGGCUGGCGUCUCGCGUGCUAUAGAACGUCUGGAGCUGGCAUUGGACAAGAGUGAUGCAGUGGCUAUGUUAAUGGCUCAAAGCGGCGGCCGCGGGGCGCGUCUGGAGCUCCGAUUGACGGAUCUAGCGGACUUGUUAGCUAGAGUGGACGGCGCGGAGAAGCAGAUGCGCAAGUACGUGCAGCUGCAGGGGCAGCUGGAGCGCAGCACGCUGGAGCAGUUCGCGGCGUGGUGCGUGUCGCCGGACCGAGGCGCGCUGCCCGGGCUGCUGGAGCGCGCGCACGCGCUGCUCGUGCCGCCGCACCAGCACCUGCUGGGCCGCUCGUUGUUGCAGCUCGUGCUCGACGACUUGCAGGAGGUGCAUCCAGACCUGUGCGAACUGCAGCUGUCUCCGCACCAGCUCAUCCACGACAUGUACAACACGGUGUCGCUGACCGAGAUCAAGGGGUACGCCAUGAUGCAGUUCAGCUGGAUGCUGUUGAGGAUCUAUGGGAAAGGCAACUUCACCCAGGAGGCGAGCCUGACCCGGCAGCGCUACUCGGAGCGGAGCACGCAGACGGCGGCGGCGGCGCGCGCGGCGCUCGCCAUGGCCAGCCGCGACCUGCAUCGCUGCGACCCGCCGGCGCAUGUUGAGGGGCAAACCUACGCAGAAGUGACGCGCCUACUCCAGGGCUACAUCGAGAACGAAGUGGACAUGAACCCCGACGGGACGUGCAAAGAAAACUGCGCUUUUUACACGCUAGCCGAGAACCACGGCUGCUUCAGGGACCUGUACUGCCAGCGGCAACAGAAGUGCGAAGGAAGGAUAUUGGAGUGCCAGUACAUCGAUAGUGACAUGUGGGUGUGCCCGGCUGGUCGCAACAGCAACCGUCGCUACGAGUGGAUAGAGUACGAGAACGGACGCACUCUGGGCCAUGCGGGCACCUGCAUGAGGGGAUCCACCAAGGUGGACUCCUGGUGGCGUUGGCUGAACCACUGUUCGUACUGCAUGUGCCUGUGCGAGGACCCGGCGGCCGUCAGCGAACGCUUCUUCAGCAUGAGAGAGGCGCUGGCCAAUGUUACCGCCAACAAAGUCGUGACUGGAGUCAGAUUAGUGAAGCUUGGACGAGUGUUCCACCUGCAAGUGUCGCAGGGGUCACUAGGGGAGCGGGGGCACGUGACCCCGGACGGCUGGGUCAGCGUGCAGGCCUUCGACCCCGAGGACAUGGGGGUCAAGGACACUGUGGACUACCACACGCUCACGUAUGAGAAGCGAGCCAUCGACCUUGACCAGUUGGACUCACCCGAAGGACACAUUCUUACUGGUGUUAGGUUCCGCAUGCACGGUCCUCACCUACACUUCGAGAUCCGCUCGACGCCGUUCAACUACACGACCGGGCGACUGUCGGCAGACAAGAGCCAGUGGAUCAGCAACGACAAUACAGACGGAGCUGAGAUACCGAGAUCAAAGCUCCACCUCUACCGUCCAGACAUCCCGACGCGCACGCACACACCCCUACCCGUCGACUCAAAACACGACCAGUACAUCGAAUUCGUCAACACAGACCUGGAAGCUGAUGCGGCCCAGAGCACAGUUCCCUUCAUAGACAUACAGCCAGUUCAGCCGCUAAAAGGAGCGGCUAUGUUGAGCGGGGCGGGGGUCAUACACAGAGGGGCGCGGGGGUCGGGAGGCUUCAUAGCCGUCAGUCUACGCACCUACGACUACACCAGACAUAUAAAAGCAGAAGCGCCCCCUAAAGACUUCGAAGACGUGGAGACGGCGGAUUUCGCGCCGAUGGUCAAUUGAGUGUUAGUUAAGAGUGUAUGUACUGUGUACUCAUUAUUUAGGUGGCUAGUCUAAGUUUUGUACUAAGUUUUAUGUAAGAGUCUUUUGAUAAAUAAAGUGAUUUGAAUGUGA